GGCGACAAGGGUGACCCUUGGUCAGUAAUAGUGGAUGAGUAGUCCCUCUCAAGCGUGUUCGGCAAAGGAGACAGGCUCAUGGGUGUAACUUUGUCAUCUUAGGUGGAUGGUGGCACAUGUCCCAAAGCUGCAAUCAGAGGCCACAAAAACAAAAGUCAUCUACCACAUUUUUCUUCCUUCGUAUCUUCAAAUCCUUUUUCCUAUAUAUAUGGUUCAGUCUUCACCUUCACCUUCAGUCUUCAGACACCCUUGAAGGAGAGAAGAAAUGGCAUUCUCAGUUAGGAGUUCAAAGCUUCGAUCAUGGGGAGGUGUUCCAAACAAGUUCGUCAGCAGAGGACACGACUUUACAUAAUCUGGAGAUGCACUGUGUUGCUCUUGUGCUGGCACGAGUGAAACUCGAUAUUGAAGACAUGGAAGAACUAGAGCUAUGUUCGAGCAGAAGUUGGGGUUCCAUACUUGCUGAGCACAAUCAAGUGAAACUUGUAUGGCCAGAAAUGGAGAGUUUAGGGGGUAGAGUAGGUAACUAAUGGGGCUAUAUGCUCAGCGUGUAAAUUUAGAAACUAGCCUGUUUAUAAUUCAAAAUGAAGACAUAACUCAGUCUCUCAUGUUUGAGUCUUUUUGAUAUCACACACACUGACAUAUAAACACUGCCCUUUGCUUUUAAGGUUUAUUA